AUUCCAAUUAUUAUUUUAUUAACUAAUAACUAUGAUAUAAUCAUUAUAUAUAUGCAAAUUUUCCUUUAAUAAAUACCAGAAAAUAAUUUAAAAUUUGAAAAAGAAAAUUAAAAGGUGCAAUUGGGUUCGGUUUCCAAGUUUGGGGAAGAGUCGUAUCGUAUUUGUUAUAUAUAUAUAUAUAUAUAUAUAUAACGUCCAUAUAGGGAGUGGAUUCUCCCACAAAACCCAGUACCCAGUGUUAGGUUGCCACGCACUCGACGCCAUAGCCAGCCUCUGAUCAGCUUUCUGUUCUGCGUCGUCGUCGUCUUCUUCAUCAGCUGUUUCUCCUCUAUUUCUAAUUCUAAUAAGCUAUAUAAAUGUGGAAGGUGGUGUUGAUCAUAAGGGGUCUCCAUUGAGCUAGAACAAAAAGGAACUAAUUAGGAAAAAAGAAAAGAUGGAGGUUUCAGCAUACCAGCCGUAUUUCGAUCCUGAGUUUGAAUCACUCCUCGAAAGAAUUCACCCACCCAGAGUUUGUAUUGAUAAUGAUGCAUGCCCGGACGCCACACUUGUUAAGGUUGACAGUGCAAACAGGCAUGGAAUUUUGCUAGAGAUGGUUCAGGUGUUAACAGAUCUUGAUCUUGUUAUAUCCAAAUCAUACAUUUCUUCUGAUGGCGGAUGGUUCAUGGAUGUGUUCCACGUAACUGAUCAUCUCGGGAGUAAGCUUACUGACAAAAGCCUCCUCCUUUACAUUCAGCAGUGUCUGUGUGCAACGAGAAGAGGAGGGAUUUCGAAGGACAUACCAAAAGGCCUCAGGAAGGAGGUGAGGUCAAGAUGCAUGUCGACGGAGAACACGGCAUUAGAGUUGACCGGUUCGAACAGACCCGGUUUGUUGUCGGAGAUAUCGGCAACGAUCUCCGGUUUAGGAUACCACAUCACAGCAGCUGUGGCAUGGACUCACAACAGCCAAGCCGCAUGCAUAAUCUACAUAGAAAAUGGGUUAAAUGGCGGACCCAUUACAGACUCGAAAUGCUUAGCCCAUCUGAAUGAGCAUUUAGAACAUCUUGUCGAGUCCCAUCACGGGAAGGAGGAGAGGAGGAGCGUCGGGUUGGCCCUGCCCGCCGCUGACCGGACUCAGACAGAACGGAGGUUGCAUCAAUUAAUGUACGCCAACAGGGAUUACGAGCAGUGUCAGAACUGCGGCGAUGGCGGUAAGCUUACCCAAUCUUUAAUUGCUGCAAUCGAGCGAAGAACCUCUCAGGGAUUGAGGUUGGAUGUAUGCACCCAGAACAGAAUUGGUUUGUUAUCUGAUAUUACAAGAGUGUUUCGGGAGAACGGCCUGUCGAUAGCCAGAGCAGAGAUCGGCGUACAGGGAGACAGAGCUACGGGAUCCUUCUAUGUAACAGAUACUGCAGGGAAGGAUGUGAAUCUGAACACAGUGGAGAGGGUGAGGCAAGAGCUUGGAGGAACUGUUUCGGUGGUGAAUAAGUCUUCCAGUAGGAGUUCUUGUUUUACUUCAACGACGAGUCUCGGUAGAAACAGUGGCAGUAGGGUGGAAGAGAGUCCGAGAUUCUCUUUUGGCAGCCUCCUCUGGUCACAGUUCGAAAGACUUUCUCACAAUUUCAGCUCCAUCCGGCCCUGACAAGUAACUUGGGACUUGGGAUCUGUUAGAUUUUCUUCUGUAUUGUACUCGUAGGUAUACACAGGGUUUUCUUCUGUAUCCAACGACGAGUCUCGGUAGAAACAGUGGCAGUAGGGCGGAAGAGAGUCCGAGAUUCUCUUUUGGCAGCCUCCUCUGGUCACAGUUCGAAAGACUUUCUCACAAUUUCAGCUCCAUCCGGCCCUGACAAGUAACUUGGGACUUGGGAUCUGUUAGAUUUUCUUCUGUAUUGUACUCGUAGGUAUACACAGGGUUUGUACAUAGAAGCUCGAUAGUUUAUCACUUUAUUAGUAGUUACUACCUAGCGUAAUUAUAUUUAUCUAUGCCCUCUAUUCUAAGAAUGCAUCUAUGUUCUUUUUU